AUGUCAAACCCGUGGGCUACAGUUAGCCGCUCCUCCGCCUCGCUUCCGUCGUCUUGUACCACCGGUGAUAAGAGAAACCUCAUCCCCCCAGACCCACCUGAUCCUCUCUCCCAUCUUCCCUUAGCUCAGUAUCCUCCUCUCUCCCCAACCAUCCCUUCCCGCCGUUCCAGAGCAAUAGCUUUCUCAACUGUUGCUCCUCUACUUUCCACCCCAACUGUCCAACAGAUAUCUGCUGGUUUCUCUACCACUGAUAUUGCUCCCUGCAAUGUCGAUACUGAAAUGAUCUUGGAAAAUGCAUCUAUUGUAGAUCCACAAACCAGAUCUGAAGCAACUGUUGAUAACACAAUAGCUCUUCAGCCCCAAACAACAACUACUGUAGCUAGCUCUACAGAUCUGACUAAUACCUCAUCUGAAACCUUUACUGUCUUGCCGCCAAAGCCUACCUCCCCUAUCCAAACAAAUAAAACAUCCUCCUCAACUCCAACUGUUACUAGUGUCUGUUCUGAUGCUGCUCCUUUGCCUUCUGAAAAAACCACUGCCCCCCCUCCUCUUGCCUUUGAUCGCCCUCAAACCUUUGUUAAACCUCUGCCCCUUCCUCCCAACCCUACUCUUGUGGAAAAAAUUCGCAGAUUUGAAGAUAAAACCCUAAAAAGAAUAGCACCAGCCACCAUUUCAGCGUCGGGAAGACCGACUGUCAUGAUUCCGGAUACUGUCUUCCAAAAGGGAGCUGAUUUACACAAGGAUUUCAUUUGGACAUCUACUACUAGGUCUACGGCACCAUCCUUCUCAUCAAUCAAAAUUUGGGCACACCUUACUGGUAUUCCUCUUGAUCUCCGUCACCAGGAUGGUCUCAGUCUGGUAGCGGGCCUUGUAGGUGAACCUAAAGAAACGGAUGAUUUCACAAAGAACCUUGUUAGCCUUACUCUUGCGCAUGCCAAAGUGGAAGUUGAUCUCACCAAACCUUUACCUGAUGUUGUUGAAUUCACUAGACAGUCUGGAGAGGUUGUUGAAGUUCUUGUUGCUUAUCCUCGGCUUCCUCCGACUUGCUCCCAUUGUAAAGAACUAGGGCAUAUCGCAAAGAACUGCCUCCUUAUUCUUCCCCCUCAGAAGGCUCCUCCCCCUCCGGCUCCGCGAACCAAAACUCCUCCUGCUACCAAAGAACCACCAGUACCUAACCAUCACCAUUCCUCCCCAUCAAAAUCUACUGCCAAACCUUCACCUAAAGUACCACCAAAAAAUCCCACUCCCAUUAACCCUCUAAGCGCUCUUCCCUCUGCUACAACUACUCCCUAUCCGCUUCCACUUGAUCCUAAAUCUGUUGUACCUCCUGCAAUCCCCAUGGAAGCCCCCUCUGAUAGCCGCUCCCCUUCCUCUUUCUCCACUCCUAAAAAAUUAAAACCAAAAAGUUUAUCAAUUCUAAACACUUCUUCACCCAUUUCGUUCUCAUCUGCCAGUCACCCUACCUUCAAUAUACCCAGCCCCUCCUAUCAACCUUCCCUAAAACGCUCCCGUUCUGACCCCUCUAUCUCCCCCCCAAACUCCUUAAGCCUCCUCUCCAGUUCCUCCAAACCCCCCAUUUACCCUCCCCCCUCUAACCAUUUCUCUCUUCUGGCCACUUUAGACUCAUCCCAUCCUAUGGGUGAGUCUAACCCUUCUUCUUAA